AUGGGUCUCCCCGCAAACACCGAAGCACAAACGCCCGUUCCCGACAGCAACAUGCCACCUACCAAUGAAUCAAUUGCAAGCAACCCGGCACCACGAGAUGUUAGCGAGCUUCCACCCGCCGCUCUGGAACUCGCAGCAAAGCUUUUUGAUCUCGCACGCGCCGGCGAGACCUCUACGCUCCAGGCUUAUCUCGACGCCGGUAUCCCGCCAAACUUGACAAACCACCAAGGCGACACCCUUCUAAUGCUUGCGGCGUACCACGGGCGCCCUGAGACGGUGCGCACGCUGCUGAGCAAGGGCGCCGAUCCUAACGUUAUCAACGGCCGCGGUCAGAGCCCGCUUGCCGGGGCGGUGUUCAAGGGGCAUGGAGAGGUGGUGAAGGCAUUGGUCGAGGGUGGUGGGAACGCAGAUGCGGGAGGGCCGAGUGCGAAAGACACUGCGGUGAUGUUCAAAAGGGAGGAGCUAUUUGAGAUUCUUGGCGUAGAGCCAGGCAGAGAAGUGCCUGGGAUGCUCCCGCCGCCGACAACGUCGCCGCCGCCUCACACUCCCACCCGCAACUCUCUUCACACUCAUCCUCAACUGCCCGCCAUGGCGUCGCCGCCGUCCGGAUAUAACCUAUCGAAGAAGCGCCCCUCGAUCAGUGGCCCGUUGCCGGCCAACCCAAGCAAACGUCGCAAGCCUUCGACAGGUCCUUCCGGUCUGCGCCAGACGUCAUUCCCACCCGAGGAGUCCGGGCGCGCUGAGUUUUCGCGCUCCCCCAGUGUUGACAGUACAUAUACAACGAACACAAACACCACCAGGAAGAAGGGCCGGAAAGGCAAGGGCGGGGACGACGACGUGAGAAGCACCACGGGAACUAGCGUCAGAGGAGGCAAAGCAGGCGGCGGCGAUGGUGCAGAUAAGGCAGACGAAGAGGAGGAGGCAGAUCAAGAGGAAGGCGGAGAAGCGCUCGACGCUGUACUGGAAGGCCAAGGUGAGGCAGAUGAGAAGCAAGAGAAAGAGCACUUGAGGAUGCUUGUGGAUCGGCUCGAUCCAGAUCAAUCAGACAGAUACGCGAAAUACCGUGCAGUCAAGCUGAAGAAGGAGACCGUCCGCAAGAUCACCAACCAGACACUCUCACAAUCCGUGCCUCAAUCAGUCGUAACCACCAUCAACUCUUACACCAAAGUCUUCAUUGGAUCGUUGAUCGAGCGCGCCCGCACCGUGCAGCAAGAAUGGCAGGCCGUAGCAGAGUAUGCGCCCAUAGACGAUCCUCGCCUGCCUGCAAACCAGCAACCUUCGCCCCAGCAACAAGCCCCUACUCCCGCACCUCAACAGCAACCACAGGCGCCGCCGCCUCCUUCUCCAGCUCCAGCUCAGACACCCGGCGCCUACCAUAAUCCCUACGGCUACCAACACCUUCAUCCUUCAUACAACCCGAACCCUUACUCUAAUAUCCGCAUCCCUCCCCCACCAAGUGCAAGCACCUCACCUGCGCCUCCGGCCGCCGCGCACCCUCCAUCCUCCCCAGCUGUCGCCCCGAGCGGUACUCCUAGUCCCGCGCCAGGCGCUGCCGCCGCCCCCACCACCAACGGCACGGCCAACCCCAACCCUUCACAGACACCUACGCCGAACGCGUCACAAGAUACCACCGUCCCGGCAUCCAGCGGCGGCACUGCCACCACCAACACCACCGACGGCAGCGGCAGCGACAGCAAGGCCGGCAAACCCAUACCCCCUGACACGCCACUGAGCGAGCGCCUGGCUGAGCGCGACCGCGGCCCUCUGACGCCAGACCACCUGCGGGAGGCGCUGCGGCGGUACAAGAAGGAUCGUGAAGGUGGAGCCAUGGGAUUCUUGGGUUUGAGUCUGGAGGGCAGGGAGAGGACGGCGGGUAGAAUGGGCGGGAGAAGGUUAUUCAAAUGA